AUGGCAACCAACACGGUCUGCUCAUCGUGCCUGCGGGCUAUACGUCAACAGUCUCGCUUCAAUAUCCAGAAAGCACCUUCCAGAUCAGCCAGAGUCUACCAGCCAGCACAACGGAGCUUCACCAUAAAUACACGCAGUCAGGCUGAGGAGAAACCAUCCAAGAGACCACCACCUCCACCACAGCCGGCACACGAAAAGAACAUCGACACACCUGCCUUCCAAAACUUCGCCGCCCAACUCCGCAAGACCAAUGCCCUCCGUUCCACGACUGAACCCUACAUUGCCUACGGUGGAACCGAAGACCUCUUCCAAGAAUGCAGUCGACAAUGCAGCUACACGAUACCCUCAGCGCUCGAGAACCCACCCGCAACGCCACUCAUGAAUGAAUCAGGCGACCACUUAGGUCAAGGUAGCGGAUGGUGGCUAGAGUCCAAAACGAAGAACGGCCUGGGUCUAGAAGUAACUUUCAACUCCUGGGCACAAGUCCUCUUCCUACACAUGUGGAUGCUCACCGUGAGAUUUCGAUGUUUCCCGGAGAAGUAUGUCAAGGAUUGGCACCAAAAUCUGCUCGACCACUUCUUCUACGCGGCGGAAGAUCGCAUGGCGACGUGGCAUGGCAUGGCAGCAAGAGGUGUGAGGAACAAGAACUUGAAAGAUUUGUGGCUGCAGUGGAGGGGUGUUCAGUUGGGAUACGACGAAGGGUUGAUCAAGGGUGAUGCGGUGCUGGCCGCGGCCAUAUGGCGGAAUGUUUUCAAAGCCAAUGAGAAUGUUGAUAUUGGCGAUGUGGCCACGGUGACUGCGUAUGUCAUGCGCGAGCUACAACGGCUUGGGGCUAUGGAUGAUACGAGAAUCACUGAGGGGCAAGUUAAAUUCAGUGACCCGAAGACGCUUGCGACAUCAUUGGCGAAGGAGAGCCCGUCAAUGCGAGACCAUCUGACGGCCGAAGAGCUCAAGGCGCCGCAGCGAGUAAAGGAGUAG